AUGCUAAUGGAGGCUUCUAGCUCAGUCAAUCCAAGUUUCUAAAUAAAUAGAUCUGUCCUAUCUCCUCAUUCAUAAAUGUUAAUGAGCCCUGACGGUAGAGAACGAUCUAUUAACUUUUUUCUGUCACAAAGGUUCAACGUAAGUUAGAAUACAGAGAGAUAAAUCAACAACAUAGAUGUAGACAAUAUAUUAAAUGAUGUAGAAAAUUAAAUUUAGUAAUAUACAUCAAGAAGUAAUUGCAGGAAUAAUCAGUAUUUACAAAAUAGGGAGAUUUUAGAUCAAUAGUAAUAAAUGAGAGAUUUAUAGUUUUAAUUUAGCAAUGAAAACAACAGUUAGCCUUUAAAUUUGCAAUAGUAGAACUUUAAUUUUUAAGUAAGUAACAUGCAAUAAUCAGAGUAAGUAUAAAAUUAAAAUUAAGAUAAAGGUCCAUCUUAAAAUUUACAACAACAAAUUGGUAUUUAUCAUCUAUACUCUUUAGAGCAACUGAAAAGAUAAGAUUACUCAAGAAAUAUAUUUAAAAUAAUCCUGAUUAUUAUGACAAUAAUAGUUGCUAUCAAUAUUCUAUUCAUCUUAAGUUUUGUAGUUUAGAUAAUAAAUUAAAAUAAUUUAAUCAUCUUAGGAACUAUCUUAUUAUUGAGCGCAGCCUACAUAAAAACCUAAAAACUCUGCUCGAAUUACUUAAUAGCAGAAAUUAUUUUUAUGAGUUUAUUCUUUUAGGCUUUAUACUUAAAUACAUAAAUCAAAAAAUUUCCUAACUUGAUGCUUAUUUUUUAUUGGCCUUUCGUCCACAUAAUGGGAUGGAUUUAAAGAAAUAUAAAAGUUGACAAUGACUCAGAAGAAGAUGACUAUUAAGUCAUUUACUUAAUAUUUGGACUUCGUUGCUUAAUAUUUGUGUAGGCUUUGAUGAUUCUACUUAAAAUAGAUUCAUUUGUUCAGUUCAACUGGGUUUCUAUUUUUGUUCCUACUAUUAUUAUUCUUGUGCUCACAACCAUAAUUUGCAUAUAGACUUUUUAUUAUUUGCUAAAAAAUAUAAGGAAAAAAAAUCCUAUAGUCAAUAAUAUAGGCCUAUAGUGGGAGACUGGAUUACUUAUAUCUACAUAUGCUUGUAGUUGGAUUUUGUUAAUUGGAGUUUUACUCUUGCUUUAAUCAAAUUUCUAAAAUAUGAUUCUUGCUAGCUUAGUUACAAAUGCAAUUGUUGGCUUUAUCAUGAUAAUCUUUUCUAAAAAGCAUUCUUUGGAUUUAAUAUAUUUUAUGUCUGAUUGCCCGACUCCAUAAGAAAUGAUUAAAAAUCUAAAUACUUUAAAAGUUUAAUAGUAAAAUUAGUAAAAUGUAGAAAAUCAAUCUAACGAAAUUGAGUAACCUCAAAUUAAUCAAAAUAUGCAAAAUGAUUAAUUAAAUGAAAGUAACCCUUAAAAAUCUCAUCAAGUCAUAAAUUAGAUUUCUCAAUUUUUUUCCAAAAUUGCUCAGAGACCUCCUUCAUAUUUGAUUAAAAUGUCCCAAACGUAUUUUAAAAUUACUUUCCAGGAUAAAAACUAAUUGCUCUAGGACAAAAAAAAGUAAAAGGAAUAAGAAAAGGAAAUUAAAAAAUAAAAAUAAAAAAUUGAACAAAAGUAAAAGAAAAUAUUAAUAAAUAAGAUUUAAAGUGAGAGCUAAAUUGAUAGACAAGAACAGAAAGAUAGUGAACAUAUUUUAUUUAAAAAUUCAAAUAUACAUAAAUUUAAAUCUCUUACUUAACUCACUUUCAAAAAUCAAAAUCAAAAUUCUUAAGCUAAUUUACAAAUUAAAUAAUUUAAUCUCAAUUAAAAUAAUUUAUAAAAAGAAAAUAAAAUUAAUGAAAUUUCUGUUGAUUGCAGCAGCAGCAGCAAAAGCGAAAGCAACAACGACAAUUUAAAAAUUUCAGAAAACAAAAAUGAAUCAUUAAACAAUUAAACCUCUAUAAAUACAAAUAAUAAUGAUUUAAGCAAAUCAGCAGAAGGGUAAAAAAAUAAACGAAGCGAAGUAACAUGUGUAGUCUGUUUUGAAAAUCCUCCGAAUUCAGUCUUUAUGAAUUGUGGGCAUGGAGGAAUUUGCAAGUAGUGUGCUCUUGAUAUUUCUAUAAAGACAGGCAUGUGUUUUUUGUGUAGAGAGCCAAUUAAAUAAAUAAUAAGAGUAAAGGAUACUUAAAGCAAUAAAAAGUAUUAAGAAAUAGCAAGUAUUAUAUACAUAGAUACAAAUCCUGAUAAUAAAUGA